GACAACGUCCCCUCCUCGAAGCAUCAGCGAGAACAAAGAGGAUAUUUUCACAACACCCGAACAUACCAAAACCAGAAAGCCCUUUGAUUACCGACGUCCCGCCCCCACUGGACCCAGGGAAUGCCGCCGAAAGCAAUCUUCUGCAAGAAAUGCUUCAGUAUCAUUGAUUUUGGAUUCCUUCGUGAGAUUGACCAAGAAGAAUCAUCAACGAUCUGCACGUCGAACACGCCGAUUCAGAAACGCAAUGUCCACAUUGCGAGGAAAGAAGCUCCCGAUGCUGAUUGCCAUUGGACUCGCAGCUCUAUGCCAAUCCAUAUUGACCAGUUUGGAUGCUUCAAAUUCAUUGAAUAUGCUAUGUGGCUCGUCCAACCCAUUGGUGUACGGAUUUACUCUUGACGCCAUUAGUUUGACUAGUUUUGCUCAAUCCAUGAUAGCUCAAGGAUAA